AUGGAUGUAUCUAGAAUACAAGGGUACAACGCGGCCAGCGCCUGGACUGAGACGCUAUCGAGAGGGACCGCGGCCAUUGAACCCUUUAACAGUCGCGGCAUGGGCGCCCGCUCACGAGUGCCACGUCCGCAGGUUUUACUGUCGCGUUUUAGUGUGUCAAAGAGGACAGAAACAACACACCCCUCGCACCUCUCGCUCACAGCCUUCGUUCUCUUCUCUCCGCCGCCGCCGCCAGCCUCACCGGCGCUCGUGCUUCAUCUCCCGUCCCGAGCCCUCGACCCCAACACGCCGCCGCCUCAUCUCCCCAUCCCAGUCCCCCUGGCGGCAGGGGCGCCAUCGACCGCGACGCUAGCCGCUGCCACACGAAGGAUCGAGUCCCACGUCCAUGUCCUCAUCUCCACGCCACCUCUCUCAUCACGUCGAGGUGGCAAGCGGGCGUCGCUCGCACCACUCCCUCCUCUCUCGGGGAUCCCGCCGGAUCAGAGGCUUGCGGGCACGGUGGCGGGCGUCUCCAGUAGCGGCGGCGACCUGCAGGCCAAGGGCUAUGGCGGGGCGCUCGAUUUGAUCCAGCCUAAUGGACUGGUCCCUUCAGGAGAGAGAGAGGAGAGGGAGAAGGAAGGAGAGGAGGGAGAAAGAGAGGAACGAGGAGAGGGAGCUGCAGCGGCGGAUGGGAGAGCAUCACCGACCAUCGCAUCUCCCCCCUCACUUCUAGUCAACGCUGCCGUCUCCAUCUCCGCAACAUCUUCGUCACACGCAGCCGCCUCCUUCCGCACCCCUCUUCGUCGCGCACGGCAACAAAGGGAGGUCCUCUCAGGGAGUACUAAUAUUAUUCAGUUAGCAUGCUUUUCGUGGAAGAGGAGUGAGGAUGUAAAGACUUGCUGUUUUUCAUUCAGUUGAAGAGCUCUCCAGGCUUAACAUCUUUCUUGGAUAAUUGUGUUGUUAAAUAUGAAGGUGUCUGAGGACGUUCAGUUCUUGUAUGCGGCGUAAAACUUGAACUACCUACAGAUGAUUUCGCCAGUUCAACGGAAACUUAGAAUAACCAAGGGAACUUUCUCAGUUUUUUUUGCUCUUCUCAGAUUUUAGGCUGGGGGUAUUAACAUAUAUGCCAACCGUAAAUUUAGAUAUUAAUGUAAGAUUAAAUAGGGAUAAAUCCUUCUGCCAUGUUGACUAAUUAGAAUUACAAAGAAGAAAAGAAAUUAUUAAAGAAGAGAUAUAGUCGAUUAGGUUGUUGUGGUGUUUCUUUGAUCUUCACUAGACCUCUCAUUUUUUAUUGGCAUGGUGAUGAUCUGUUUCUUCUGGUGUUUCUCUACUUCAGGAUUCGCUCAUGUGCCAAAGCCAGCUCGGGGAAGCCUUCCUGGACUCCUGAUCAACCAGGACAAUCAUGACACGAGCUUAAGCGAGCGGAACAUCGAAGGAGGAUCUUGGGGAUGACGGAGGCGUCGACGACAACCUCAAAGGCGAGAGGUAUUGCUUUCAUGUCUCUGCGUUUCUUACUUUAUGCAACUCUGUUGGUAUUAAGGUCGUAU